CACGACCAUAUGAGAUGUGAUAAAAUCAUGAAGUACUGUAGAAAAAUCAUGUAGAGAUUUUUCUUUUAAAAUUACAACGUAGUUGAGUGGUUCUGUGGUCGAUAUAGUCAAGUACUCAAGUCACAUUAGCCUAUUUUGAGUUCGAAAUUAGAAUGUGGCUAAACCACAAGACCGAUAACUCCAAAAUUACAAUCAAAAUCAAAGCUCGUAAGUCGUAGUUACCACCACCAAUCCAUUGUCACCGUCUCAUCAAUAUACGUAGCUUUCUCUACCAUUAAAACCACCACGUGUCUCAUUCUGUCCUACCAAAGUACCAAUAAAAUCAUUAGGUCCACCGUAACAAAUAACUCUGAGAAACACUUGAUAACUCCACCCACCUUCUUCUCCUCUCCUUUAUUAACUUGCUUCUUCUCUCGGCUACUACUAUACCCGCGUCUUCAUCACUCUACAAAAACUUAAUCAAACUGAUUAACACUAAUCCUUUCUCUUAAUCUUCUUCUCCCCCGCCAUUCUUCUUAAAUCCGAGACCAAGAAGACGACGACGAUGAUGCAAUUGCAAUGCGUAUACGCCUGACCAAAAUAAAAAGCGGUGUGAUAAAAUGCAGUAACACAAAACGGUGAAGCAACAGGUGAAUCAGAAACUGAAGCAAAAGGAUGCUUUACUGUUUCUACAAGCCUAUUCUUAAUAAAUAGAUCAUAUCGAUCUCUCAAUCAGAUUAGAUUAUGGAAAUUGCAGCGAAAAUGGUUAAAGUAAGGAAGAUGGAGAUGAUUUUAUUACUAAUUCUUGUGAUUGUGGUGGCGGCGACGGCGGCGAAUGUGACUUAUGACCACCGUGCAUUAGUAAUCGACGGGAAACGGAAAGUUCUAAUCUCUGGUUCUAUUCAUUAUCCUCGGAGUACUCCUGAGAUGUGGCCAGAGCUUAUACAGAAAUCUAAAGACGGUGGUUUAGAUGUUAUAGAGACGUAUGUGUUUUGGAGUGGUCACGAACCGGAGAAAAAUAAGUAUAAUUUUGAAGGAAGAUAUGAUUUAGUGAAAUUUGUGAAGCUUGCGGCUAAAGCUGGUCUCUAUGUUCAUUUAAGAAUUGGUCCUUACGUCUGUGCUGAAUGGAAUUACGGUGGUUUCCCAGUGUGGUUGCAUUUUGUUCCAGGAAUUAAGUUUCGAACUGAUAAUGAGCCAUUUAAGGAAGAAAUGCAGAGAUUUACCACAAAGAUUGUUGAUUUGAUGAAGCAAGAAAAGCUUUAUGCAUCACAAGGAGGUCCAAUCAUUCUCUCGCAGAUUGAGAAUGAAUAUGGAAAUAUUGACUCAGCUUAUGGUGCGGCUGCUAAAAGUUAUAUCAAGUGGUCUGCUUCUAUGGCUCUUUCGUUAGAUACUGGAGUACCAUGGAAUAUGUGUCAACAAACAGAUGCUCCUGAUCCCAUGAUCAACACAUGCAAUGGUUUCUACUGUGACCAGUUUACACCUAACUCAAAUAAUAAACCAAAGAUGUGGACCGAGAACUGGAGUGGAUGGUUCCUUGGUUUUGGAGAUCCUUCUCCUUACAGACCAGUUGAAGAUCUUGCAUUUGCGGUCGCGCGGUUUUACCAACGAGGUGGAACGUUCCAGAACUAUUACAUGUAUCACGGUGGAACAAACUUUGAUAGAACAAGUGGAGGACCAUUAAUCUCUACUAGUUAUGAUUAUGAUGCUCCAAUUGAUGAGUAUGGACUACUUAGACAACCAAAAUGGGGACACUUACGAGAUCUACACAAGGCUAUCAAGCUUUGUGAAGAUGCAUUGAUUGCCACAGAUCCAACAAUUACUUCUCUAGGUUCAAAUUUGGAGGCUGCUGUAUAUAAAACAGAAUCUGGAUCAUGUGCUGCUUUUCUUGCAAAUGUUGACACGAAGUCUGAUGCAACUGUGACUUUCAAUGGAAAAUCAUAUAACUUGCCUGCAUGGUCCGUAAGCAUCUUGCCGGAUUGCAAAAAUGUAGCUUUCAAUACCGCAAAGAUAAAUUCUGCAACUGAGUCUACCGCAUUUGCUCGUCAAUCAUUAAAGCCCGAUGGUGGUUCGUCUGCGGAGUUAGGUUCACAAUGGAGUUACAUUAAAGAACCUAUUGGAAUUUCCAAAGCUGAUGCAUUCUUGAAACCUGGAUUGCUAGAGCAGAUUAACACAACAGCUGAUAAAAGCGAUUACUUGUGGUACUCACUAAGGACGGAUAUAAAAGGCGAUGAGACUUUCCUUGACGAGGGAUCUAAAGCCGUCCUUCACAUUGAAUCUCUUGGUCAAGUGGUCUAUGCUUUUAUAAAUGGAAAACUUGCAGGAAGCGGACAUGGCAAACAGAAGAUUUCUUUGGAUAUACCGAUUAAUCUUGUAACCGGGACGAACACAAUCGAUCUCCUUAGUGUUACCGUAGGGCUUGCGAAUUAUGGAGCUUUCUUUGACUUAGUGGGAGCAGGAAUAACCGGACCUGUGACACUUAAAAGCGCUAAAGGUGGUAGCUCAAUUGAUUUGGCUUCACAGCAAUGGACUUAUCAGGUUGGACUCAAAGGAGAAGACACAGGUUUGGCAACUGUAGAUUCUUCUGAAUGGGUUUCAAAGUCUCCUUUGCCUACUAAACAACCACUUAUUUGGUACAAGACGACAUUUGAUGCUCCUUCUGGGAGCGAGCCAGUAGCUAUAGACUUCACGGGUACAGGAAAGGGUAUUGCAUGGGUGAAUGGACAGAGCAUAGGUAGGUACUGGCCAACUAGUAUCGCUGGAAAUGGCGGUUGUACAGAAUCAUGCGACUAUAGAGGUUCUUACCGUGCAAACAAAUGCCUCAAGAACUGUGGAAAACCUUCACAGACAUUGUAUCAUGUACCUCGCUCGUGGCUAAAACCGAGCGGGAACAUACUUGUUCUGUUUGAGGAGAUGGGAGGAGAUCCAACACAAAUAUCAUUUGCGACAAAACAAACAGGAAGCAAUCUUUGUCUAACGGUGUCACAGUCUCAUCCACCACCGGUGGACACAUGGACUUCCGACUCAAAGAUCUCAAACAGAAACAGAACCAGGCCGGUUCUUUCGUUGAAAUGCCCUAUCUCUACUCAGGUGAUAUUUUCUAUAAAAUUUGCAAGCUUUGGUACACCCAAAGGUACUUGCGGUAGCUUCACACAAGGCCAUUGCAAUAGCUCUCGAUCUCUCUCCCUCGUCCAAAAGGCAUGUAUUGGAUUGAGGAGUUGCAACGUUGAAGUAUCGACUAGAGUGUUCGGGGAACCUUGUCGUGGCGUCGUCAAGAGCUUAGCUGUUGAAGCUUCUUGUUCAUGAGGAGUGCCCGGUUCCUAAACCUCUGCUGAUUUGAUAUUAUUUUAAGCAUGUAAUUGUUGGAAAUAAAGCAAAAUGAAAUGGAAAUUAGUAGUAUAGUUUUAUGGUCUAUCCAAAUAAAUUUGGCUGGAAUUAAAGUUACUAAACUAUGUAUGUGUGUGGUAAGCACUUUGGAAAAGAAAAGAAAAAGUUCAUUGAAGAAUCACCACU